AUGGCGGCCGCAUCGAACGGCAGCGAGUUCUUCGAGAUAGAGGCGGGGAGCGAGUCAUUCGCUCGGCCGUCGAACGCGGAGUCGGUGGCAGAGGAUGAGGACGAGCUGAUGUGGGCGGCGAUCGCGAGACUGCCGUCGCAGAAGCGAUCGAACAUGGCGCUGCUGAGGAAGAAGGGCUCCGAUAGGCAUGGCGGCGCUAAGACGGAGACGGUCGACGUGCGGAAGCUCGAUCGGACGAAUCGCGAGCUCGUCGUCAAGAAGGCUUUGGCCACCACCGAUCAGGAUAACUUUCUUUUGCUCUCCGCCAUUAAAGAGCGCCUUGAUAAAGUCGGAUUGGAAGUCCCAAAGGUUGAAGUGCAGUUUGAGAACCUGAAAGUCGUGGCAAAUGUUCAAACUGGAUCAAGAGCUUUGCCUACUCUCAUUAAUUUUACUCGUAAUUUGUUAGAGAAUGUUUUGACUGGUUUGAGGAUAUUUCGACCCAAACGACACUCUUUAAUCAUUUUGAACGACGUUAGCGGCGUUAUCAAACCAAGAAGGAUGACAUUGCUGUUAGGGCCUCCAGGUUCUGGAAAAUCCACUUUGCUUUUGGCUCUUGCAGGGAAACUUGACCCCAACUUAAAGAAAACUGGUAGCAUUACCUACAAUGGCCACAAGAUGAACGAGUUUUGCGUUCAAAGAACUUCUGCUUACAUCAGCCAAACAGAUAAUCACAUUGCAGAGCUGACUGUAAGAGAAACCUUGGACUUUGCAGCUAGAUGUCAAGGUGCAAGCGAAGGUUUUGGAGCAUACAUGAAAGAUUUGGAACGGGCAGAGAAGGAAAGGGGCAUAAGGCCAGAUCCAGAAAUUGAUGCAUAUAUGAAGGCAUCAUCUGUUGGCGGUAAAAAGCACAGUGUUUCAACGGAUUAUGUUUUGAAAGUGCUUGGUCUUGAUGUAUGUUCAGAGACAAUUGUUGGAAACGACAUGCUAAGAGGCGUAUCAGGUGGACAAAAGAAAAGAGUUACCACAGGAGAAAUGGCUGUUGGCCCAAGAAAAGCCCUAUUUAUGGAUGAAAUUUCUACUGGACUUGAUAGUUCUACUACAUUCCAAAUUGUAAAAUGCCUUCGGAAUUUUGUUCAUCUAAUGGAUGCUACUAUACUAAUGGCUCUUCUUCAGCCUGCACCUGAGACAUUUGAACUGUUUGAUGAUCUGGUGCUGUUGUCAGAAGGGCAUGUGGUUUAUCAGGGCCCUCAAGCCCAAGUAUUGGAAUUCUUCGAGUCAUUAGGCUUUCGUCUACCCCCACGCAAGGGAGUUGCAGAUUUUCUUCAAGAGGUGACUUCUAGAAAGGAUCAAUCUCAGUACUGGGCUGAUAAAUCAAAACCCUACGUGUACCUUUCUGUUCCACAAAUUGCUGAAGCCUUUAAAAAUUCCAAAUUUGGAAGGAGUGUGGAGUCUAAGCUUUCUGAUCCAUUUGAUAAGUCUAGCAGUCAUCCUACAGCUUUGUCAAAAUCAAAAUAUGCAGUCACAAGAUGGGAGCUUUGUAAAGCAUGCUUUUCACGAGAAAUAUUAUUGAUCAGCAGGCAUAGGUUUCUUUACAUAUUUAGGACAUGCCAGGUUGCAUUUGUUGGAUUUGUCACUUGCACAAUGUUUCCGCGAUCGAGACUACACCCAACAGAUGAGGGAAACGGCGAACUUUAUCUUUCUUGCUUGUUUUUUGGGUUGGUGCACAUGAUGUUUAAUGGAUUUUCUGAGCUGUCUCUCAUGAUAUCGCGGCUUCCAGUCUUUUACAAGCAAAGGGACAAUUUCUUUCAUCCUGCGUGGGCAUGGUCUAUAGUUAGUUGGCUUCUGCGUGUUCCAUACUCUGUUAUUGAAGCUGUUGUAUGGUCUUGUGUUGUAUACUACACUGUUGGUUUUGCUCCAGCUGCUGGGAGGUUUUUCCGUUUCAUGCUUUUACUAUUCUCAGUGCACCAAAUGGCUUUGGGUCUCUUUCGGAUGAUGGCAGCUAUUACAAGGGAUAUGGUCAUUGCCAAUACAUUCGGAUCAGCUGCACUACUAAUUAUAUUUUUGUUGGGUGGAUUCAUCAUUCCGAAAGCAAGCAUUAAGCCAUGGUGGGUUUGGGGCUUUUGGGUAUCACCACUAUCUUAUGGGCAACGUGCUAUUUCCGUCAAUGAAUUUUCUGCUACAAGGUGGAUGAAGAAAUCUGCCAUUGGUGAUAACACUAUUGGGCACAAUGUUCUCCAAUCACACAGCUUACCAAGUGGUGAUUAUUAUUAUUGGAUUGGAGUUGCUGUUUUAUUGCUUUAUGCAGUGCUUUUCAAUGGCCUUGUGACUAUGGCCUUGCUAUACCUAAAUCCACUUAGGAAAGCCCAGACAGUGAUUCUCGUUGACGACACAGAAGGGAGCCCUCCUGCAGAUGUGGACGGUAACAAAGAAUCAGAUCCAACAUUAGCCGGAGAUAACAGCCCAAAAAAGGGAAUGAUCUUACCAUUUCAGCCAUUAACAAUGACUUUCCAUAAUGUCAAUUACUUUGUUGACAUGCCAAAGGAAAUGAAGUCGCAAGGUAUACCGGAAGAUAGGUUGCAACUCUUGUCAAGUGUGAGCGGAGUAUUCUCACCAGGUGUUCUUACUGCUUUAGUUGGGUCGAGUGGAGCUGGCAAAACCACUUUGAUGGACGUCCUUGCUGGUAGGAAAACUGGUGGAUACAUAGAAGGAGAUAUAAAGAUAUCUGGUUACCCAAAAGAGCAAAGCACUUUUGCCAGGAUAUCAGGAUAUGUUGAGCAAAAUGACAUACAUUCUCCUCAAGUUACAGUUGAGGAAUCUCUAUGGUUUUCUUCUGCUCUUCGCCUUCCAAAGGAAGUCAGCAAAGAGAAAAGACAUGAAUUUGUUGAAGAAGUAAUGAGAUUAGUAGAGCUUAAUACUCUAAGGCACGCUUUGGUUGGUUUACCAGGCAGUUCUGGCUUAUCAACAGAGCAAAGAAAACGCUUAACAAUUGCUGUGGAGCUUGUUGCAAAUCCUUCAAUUAUCUUUAUGGAUGAACCUACAUCUGGACUUGAUGCACGGGCAGCAGCCAUUGUGAUGCGGACUGUUCGUAAUACUGUUGAUACAGGAAGAACAGUGGUCUGUACUAUACAUCAGCCAAGUAUUGAUAUAUUUGAGGCAUUUGAUGCGCUUCUUCUUAUGAAACGAGGGGGGCAAGUUAUAUAUGGAGGAAAGCUUGGUUUGCACUCACAGACAAUGAUAAACUAUUUUCAGGGACUUAGUGGAAUAACUCCAAUUCCCAGCGGGUACAAUCCAGCAACGUGGAUGCUUGAGGUUACUACACCUGCUUGUGAAGAGAGAAUUGGUGAUGACUUCGCUAACAUUUACAGAAAUUCAGAGCAAUACAGGGAAGUGGAAGAGUCCAUCAAGCAAUUUAGUACUCCCCCAGCUGACUCAGAACCAUUAAAGUUUGCUUCCAAGUUUUCUCAAAACACGCUGUCUCAGUUUUGGAUCUGCUUAUGGAAACAAAAUCUUGUAUAUUGGAGAAGUCCACAAUAUAAUUCGAUGAGGUUAAUCUUUACGACAAUCAGUGCAUUGAUAUUUGGCUCGGCAUUUUGGGACAUUGGUAAAAAAAGGGACUCUGCUCAAGCACUAAUGAUGGUUAUGGGAGCUCUUUAUUCUGCUUGCUUGUUUCUUGGGGUCAAUAAUGCUUCUUCAGUGCAACCAAUUGUUUCAAUUGAGAGGACAGUGUUCUAUCGAGAGAAAGCAGCCGGAAUGUAUUCUCCAUUAGCUUAUGCAUCAGCCCAGGGCGUUGUAGAGAUCCCAUACAUUGCUGUACAGACAAUAGUAUAUGGCGUCAUCACUUACUUCAUGGUUAACUUCGAAAGGACACUUCGAAAAUUUUUGCUCUAUAUUGUGUUCAUGUUCCUCACAUUCACCUACUUUACCUUCUAUGGUAUGGCGGCUGUUGGUCUCACACCUUCUCCACACCUGGCCGCUGUCAUUUCUUCUGCUUUCUAUUCUUUGUGGAACCUCCUCUCCGGGUUUCUCGUCCCAAAGCCACAUAUCCCAGGAUGGUGGAUUUGGUUUUACUACAUCUGCCCUGUUGCAUGGACACUUCGAGGUAUUAUCACCUCGCAACUUGGUGAUGUGGAGACCAAGAUGGAAGGUACAUUUCAGGGCACUGUGAAGGAGUAUUUGGAAGUCAGUCUUGGCUAUGGUCCUGGGAUGAUUGGAGUUUCAGCGGCUGUGCUUGUUGGCUUUUGCAUCCUUUUCUUUGGUGUCUUUGCCUUUUCAGUCAAACUGCUCAACUUUCAGAAAAGAUGA